UAUUUUAAUUAAUCUAAUCUAAAUUAAGAAAAAAGAAAUGCGGUGUUGGCUCAUUUUCUAGCUCACUAUCUCUCUCUUAAUCAUUCAAAUCUUUCUAGUUUUUGGUUAAUCUUCUCCACUCGUGACAUCGAGGAAAACUUGGGUGCCCUACAAUUCUAACCAUAUGGUGUCUUUAUAAAAAUUUCUUUCUCCAUGGGAGGAGGGAUUUAAACAUAGGUGUCGAGCAGAUUUACACUGCCUUAGCUAAAUAAGUUGUGUCACGUCUGCUAUGAGUAGGUGGUACAGAUACGUUAAUGAGUUAGCAUUAGGACGAGGCAAAAGCUUUCGAUCGUCUCCAAAUGUAGUCCUACGAUUUGCAACCGUUCUACAUAUUAUCCAUUGUGAAAAAAUGUGGCACUACGUGAUACGUCCACUUGGUAAGACGAGUGGAGCCCACGUGGCACUUAUCCGUUACGUUUGUGUGGGGAGAAAGAUGAUCAUAGCGAGGAAAACAAUAGGGCAAGUUCCAAAUCUUUUGUGAUGAAAAGAGAAACAAUUCUUUGGUUGCAUGGAAACGGAAAGAGGAUUGCUUUUUCUUAGGGUGAUGAUGGGACAUGGGCGGCACUACCUGCAGUGCCGUCUUUCGUAGAACAAGUGCCAAUAUAAAUUUUGGGUUUUGGAUACUGGGUGGCAUCAUCUUUAUCACGUGCUCUCUCUCUUCUUUCUUCAUUCCUCUGCAAAUCUGAUCUGCUUUGUUUUUUAACUGGGUUUUUCUCUUGGAAGCUGCUUUUUUGCAGAGUUCUUUUUUCUGGAGUUGGGUUUUUUGGGUUGACUUAGAGAGAGAAAGGAAGUAAGAAAUGGAGAGUAACAAUAAGAAUCAAGGCAAUUCAGGUUCCUCAUUGACUGCUGAUCUUUUUGGUGCCAAGGACAAGGAGUCUGCCCCCAAGUCUUCUACUGGGAUUUUUGCUUCCAUUUUCCCACCUCCAUCACAGGUGGUUGGGAGGAACUCUUCAAGCUCUGAGCUGACAGAAUAUUGGCAGAAGCAGUCGUCCUUGGGAAAUCAUGCAUGGAACUCCAAGCAAGCUAUAACUGGCGAGGGUGCACACUAUAGCUUACCCAACAAGGACCGGAGUUCAGUCCUUCAGGAAGAAAGAGCAGAACCAUGUCAUCUAAGUUCAUCUAUUUACUAUGGUGGGCAAGAGGUGUAUUCCCAGUCCCCAAGUACCCAUGCCUCUGGAUCCUAUCCAAUAUUCAAGAAAGAUGGGGGAGAAGAUGAUCCAAAUGGAAUCAACUCGAACAGUGCUGCCCGAGGAAAUUGGUGGCAAGGUUCACUCUAUUAUUAGGACCUUGCCUUCCCUGGCCGUAUGAAUUCUCAUCUAUUUUUCUAGGAAUUCACUAGGCCUGGGUUUUUAAGUAUGAAAGCGUAAUAUAAAUAAGCGGCUGAGGUGCGCAUUGGCUGCGAAAGAUGCUGGACAUGAAGUGCAAACUUUUAUGUCGGUAUGGCAACUGUUUCAUUGGACUUUUUAUCAAGAUGAUGGUUCUCCGCUGGACUUUGUUUCAGUGUGUAGUUUUGGAAGUUCUUUUUCUUUCUUUUUUUCUGUUAAAUUAAAGCCCGUGGAUGCCUCACAGGCGAAUGAUAUGAGCCACUUGCUCUUUCAUUGUGAACAUAUAUGCUUGAAGUGAGUACAGUUUCUUAUGAAAUGUGUUUUAACAUUAUGAUACAUCUACGGUUUCCCGAAGAGUAAAUGCAUCUCCAUUCCAUUAAAA